GGCAUUAAGAGAAGAGUCCCAAUGCACAGCCUGAGAUGCUUCCUCUCCAGGGUGGGUCUCUCCUCUAAACCAGGACUGCUUCCCUGGUGUGUCAGAAAACCACCAGGUUGGUCAGAGCUCUUUUCGGGCAUAGCAUGUAAGGUGAGUUUCACCCAUGAGAUAGCCAAGAAGUGUCAAAAAGGACAAAGUCAGAAGAAACCAAGCCAUCUUGUACCACCAGAUCAUUCCUGGCAGGAAAGACUGGCUGGUGUUGUGACGCCACUCUGGAGGCUGAGCUAUGAAGAACAGCUCAAGCCUGUCAUCAAUGGCUACCGAAAUAAGUCCACCUUCUCUGCGAACCAAGGUCCAGAUGGCAAUCCAAAGACUGUGGCGUACUACCUUGGAACUUGGAGAGAUAGGAACAUUGUCUGUGUACAGUCUAAUCAUCUGAAAAACAUCCCCCAAAAGCACAAACAAGUAGCACAGUGCUAGGAAGUAUUCCUUCGACAGUCUCCAGUGGAGCCCUGCCUUCAGUUUCAUGAAGGUGGACACUGGCGUGAGCUUAUAGUUCACACCAAUAGCCAAGGGCACACACACAUCACUUUCCAUCCCCAGAAAUUAAGUCAGGAGGAGCUCUGUGUUCAGAAGGAGACUAUAAAGGAAUUUUUCACCAGGCCUGGAGCAGUCUGUGACUUGACUUCACUUUACUUCCAGGAAAGCACCAUGACCCAUUGCAGUCUUCAGCAGGCCCCUUACCAGCUCCUAUUUGGCGAACCCCACAUCUUUGAAGAUCUCCUAGGCUUGAAGUUCCGCAUCUCUCGAGAUGCCUUUUUCCAGAUUAACACUGCUGGUGCAGAGCUGCUGUAUCGAACUGUGGCAGAGCUGAGUGGAGUCAACCCUAACACCAUCCUCCUUGACAUCUGCUAUGGAACUGGUGCGAUUGGCCUUUCUCUGGCUCAGAAUACAUCCCAAGUCAUCGGGAUUGAGUUGGUGGAGCAGGUGGUAGAGGAUGCCAGGUGGACUGCAGCCUUCAGUGGUGUAUACAGCUCACAGCAUCACCAACGUGAAUUUCACACUGGUCGAGCAGAGAAGAUUUUGCCACGGCUGCUAAAGUUCAGAAAAGAUGGACCAUUAAUUGUUGCUGUGGUGAACCCAGCCCGUGCUGGACUGCAUCACCCGUUGGUUCAGGCCAUUCGAAACUGCAGGGCCAUCUGCACACUAGUUUUUGUUUCCUGCAAGCCUUAUGGUAAAGCCACAAGGAACAUCAUUGAGCUGUGCUGUCCUACGAACUCUCCUAAGAAGCUCCUAGGCAAGCCUUUUGUCCUGAGACAAGCUGUACCUGUGGAUUUGUUUCCACACACCCCACACUGCAAGCUGGUGCUCCUCUUCACUCAAUAA